CCGCAACAUAUCGACGGUUGGAGACAGAUGCGAUUUAAAGAAAGUCGGGGAUGGUGUACACCACAAGCAGAAAUAGUUUGGGAAAACAUUCAACGAGAGAAGAUGGUGAUGCAAUCACAACUCGGGGAGAACGAAAAGUUAAAUGAAGAACAAUGCCUCGCUUGUGCCUUCAGUGAGAGACGUGGGCAUAUUCGCGGAAUUGGAAGGAAACCAAGCAUCAACAAUAAUUUAUUUCCAAAUGAACAUACCAAGCGUUCCAAAGCUUCCAUAUCCCAAUCUUCAGAUAAUCUCCAAGUUGUUGUAUUAUCCCAACAAAUUCAAUUCAUGCAGCAACAAAUGCAACAAAUGAACCAAAUGUUUAAUAACACUUUCGCGUCUUUCAUUCCAAACUUCCAACCACAACCAAUGCCACAAUUCCAGUUUAAUCCCAAUAUGGUUCCACAAAAUAACCCCGAAACAUCAAAUGAACCCUUUUUUAUCAAUUGACUAU